AUGAGAGUCUUCCAUCCGCUCUUCAUCCUCCUGCUCUUACUCACAGCUCUGACGCUGCUCGAGGCACAGAAACCAGAUUUUCUGAAUUUGCGUCGAAAAUACAGGAGACAUCACUGUCCACACAAACGCUGCCUGCCUUUACACUCCAGAGUGCCCUUUCCUUGA